AUGCCGCCGCGGCCAGCGGCUAUGGCGGCUGAGGAAAACCGUCCCCCACUCGCUCUGUUUACCGCCGUCUACGACUACGUAGCGCAGGGGGAAGACGAGCUCUCCCUUCGCCGGGGGGAGAUCGUCGAGGUCCUGUCUAAAGAUGCGAACAUAUCGGGUGACGAGGGUUGGUGGACGGGAAAGAUUGGGGACCGUGUGGGAAUAUUUCCCGCGGUAUACGUGACAGAAGAAGACCCGCUGGCCGUCACGUCUGUCAUAGGAGAUGUGGACCCCCCUCGAGUGUCGUUCUCUGAGCUUAAACUCGAGGAGGUGAUCGGCGUCGGCGGUUUUGGUAAAGUGUACCGUGGUUAUUGGAAUGACGAAGUGGUAGCGGUAAAGGCCGCACGCCAGGACGCAAAUGAGGACAUUGAAGUUAUCAAAGACAGUGUGCUGCAAGAAGCAAAGCUGUUUUGGAUGUUGCAGCAUGAAAAUAUAGUGUCGUUAAAAGGUGUUUGUUUGGAAGAGCCUAAUUUGUGUUUGGUGAUGGAGUAUGCUCGUGGUGGCCCACUUAAUAGGGUGCUAUCUGGGAGAAAGAUACGACCUGGGAUUCUCGUCGACUGGGCUAUUCAAGUCGCUCGCGGUAUGGCGUAUCUCCACGUUGAUGCGCCUAUUUCUCUUAUUCAUCGAGACUUGAAGAGUUCAAAUGGUGAGUAA